AGAAACCUCCAUUAAUAUAGCAAUUUCCGCAGCGCUCAGCUUUCCCUCUUCGGUGAGCGGAUGGAGCUAAGCUGCAUCACUUCUUCGUGCUCUCCGUCCCUCCUAUCCGGCGGCGGAAUAUCCGCUAAACGAGGAGACAAAAAAUGGAUUAGAACUCUGCGGGUGCGGUCGGCGGCGGAGAGGAUUGAUGACGGCAGCGUUUCGAGUCGAGGCCGAGGUGUCAUCACUGGUGCGGGUCCCGCAAUGGAGAUCUCAUCUCCGCCUUCCUCCUCCUCUGCCAACGUCGGCCAGGAGGCCGAGUUCCCCGUCUGGGAUAAACUCGGGGCGGUAGUCCGGCUGAGUUACGGAAUCGGGAUAUAUGGAGCUAUGGCGAUAGCGGGCAGGUGGAUAUGUUCGGUUGCGGGAAUAGAUGAGACGGGAGGAUUCCAUCCGUCGCUUGAAGCUGUAAUCGACGGUCUGGGAUACGCGUCUCCGCCCGUUAUGGCUCUCCUGUUUAUACUUGAUGAUGAGGUGGUGAAGUACUCGCCUCAUGCGCGAGCCAUUAGAGAUGUGGAGGAUGAGGAGCUGCGGAGCUUUUUCUACGGGAUGUCUCCUUGGCAGUUCAUGUUAAUUGUUUUGGCGAGCUCCAUUGGUGAGGAGCUGUUCUAUCGGGUUGCUGUUCAGGGCGGACUAUCAGACAUCUUUAUGAGAAGCACUGAAAUUCUAAAAGAUGCGCGUGGAAUCGCGUCUCUGACUGGCGUGCUGCCUCCUUUGGUUCCAUUUGCGCAAGCAUUUGCUGCUGCAAUCACAGCGGCCCUUACCGGAUCCUUAUAUUAUGUUGCAGCUGGCCCAAAAGAUCCUACGUAUGUGGUGGCACCAGUGUUGCAGUCCAGAUGUGGCCAGAAUGAUCUUAAGAAGCUCUUUGCAGCUUGGUAUGAGAGAAGGCAGAUGAAGAAGAUAUAUUCUCCGCUUCUAGAAGGAUUAUUAGCACUGUACCUUGGUUUUGAGUGGAUUCAGACUGGUAAUAUUCUUGCUCCCAUGAUCACUCAUGGUAUCUACUCUACCGUGGUGCUGGGAAAUGGACUUUGGAAAAUUCAUUACCACCAGCAACGGCUGCGCCAUAGAAUUCAGCAAAUUAGGGUGGAAGGCGGUAACUCUCAUAAAUUAUAGAAAAGGAUGAUUUUUCUUCUUGGCGCAAGGAGUAAAUCAAAGACAAAUCACACGCAUGAGAGGACUUGGCUGUAUAAAUUCGAAGUACGCAUCAUUUUACAGUACACCAGGAGCUACCAGAUAUUCAGAUGGAACAGCCUAGGCUACCUAUAUAAUCAAUAGCCUGUAUAUCAUAAUGUAAAGUGCUAAUAAAUGGGAAUCUUCUACACCAGACCUAAAAUUUUCCUGAUGUUAAGCGGAAAAAAAAAAAAAAAAACUUUUGAGUUGUGAGGGUGAGGGUUGGAAGAUUUCCUAAACAUGAAGUAAAAAUAUUUGCAAAUUAUUGAUGUGAUCUUAACAUCCCAAA